AGGAGAAACUCUGAAUGGCUUUGCUACAUACUGGAGACCAUUUUUUGUCCUGGCUAGUCAGAAGAUCUACCUAAACUUGAUUUGAAGCUAUGUAUAGUGGGAUUUGCAUCUUCCUAUGCCUGGUGAUGUUGUCCCUGAACACCUUGGGACAGCAAACAUCUGGAUCUCACCAUGCAAUGACAAAUCUCGAGCAGAGCUUAAUAGAAAAUCACCGACAUGCCCGUAUUCCAACUUCAGGGAAAUCUGUCCAGCUGGUAGAUGGCAGCAUUGACCAAAAGGCCAACCUUGGAGCUCUGUUAGCCAAAUAUCUCCAGCAAGCCCGAAGAGGUUCUACUGGAAAAGUCUCCGUGAUGGGGUUCCAGAAUUUUGACCCUACCCACAGGAUAAGGGAUAGGGACUACAUGGGCUGGAUGGAUUUUGGACGUCGCAGCGCUGAAGAAUAUGAAUAUUCCUCUUAAAGAUUGUACAAUUUUGCUUAAAAGAAGUGAAAAUCAAGUCCUUAUACAGAAAUAUAAUUUUCUGCAGAAAAAAAUGUUGGCAUCCUUUGCAAAUUGGUGUUUAAAAUAUAUGUAAAACUAUACAAUAUAUAUUUUGCAAACAGACACAGAAUUUUCAAUAAUGUUCAGAUGUUAUUCAUUUCUUAAUAAUUUUAUCAUUGCAAAUGUUGCUCUCCCUUUCUAAAAAUGUUUACAGUUUUACAUAUGGAUCAUUUGUUAAUUUGAACUAUUUAUGUGUUAAAUAAGAAAAAUAUCACCCAUGGAUCAAAUUCAGAUACACUCAAAAGUAGUAUUAUUGUAAUCAGUGAGACUUAAAUUUGUCACAAAU